AUGCCGCCGAAAAAGAAGAUAAGAGGAGCCAAAUUGUCGCCGGUGAAGGAAACCGAAGAUUCGACACCGACAACAUCGGCGGAAUCGCCGACGGUCGUCCAUCCGGUUGAGAGCACAGUACAUGAUGAAACCGAGUUCGAUCGUCUUACUAUCAGCGGUGGCGCUCAAGCGACACAACAAGCCCCAGACAAAGUGGUCCAAAGUUUCCAAACCGCAUUUCAAGCCAAGACGAACAUUCCGGAGAACACGGCGCACGCAUGCCGACUCCUUCUCACAGCGAUUAACCGAAUUAACAAAACGAAAAAUCCGGAUGCUCGUUGGGCAUUCUUCAACGAGCUCGACAUUCGACUUUGCAUGAUGAUUGAGGACACGACCGUCCUUGAGUGCCGUCAUCGCGUUCUUCGCGUCGUUUGUCGAUUUGCGUGCGCGGUUUUGAAGGAUGCUGACGACAUGUGUGUUCUAGACUUUUUGUAUGAUGAUUUUGUGUCCAAGUGGGCUUUGAGCACCGACACGGGAGCGCGCGCGUUCAUGGCGACAAUCAUUGGAUUCAUAUUCGAGUCGGGAAUCGCGCUCAAAAAAGAGCCGUCCGAUUUUACGAUAUUCGAUUUGAAUUACGCCGGCAAAUUGUACACGACACUACGAAAUCUCGCAUUGGACAAAAAUACGGUACGAAUCGCGGCUAUCCGAGCGUUUGCGACGAUUCAAGGCGAAUCAAUUCCGCACGAUUUCAAAGAAGCGGUCGUCGAAUCGCCGAAAGAAAUCUUGUUGCUCUCGUUCCGCGAUGUUUCUUGGGAUUGCCGAUUGACGGCGGUUGAAGUGUUUGUUCCGACCACAUCGGACCAUGUGAGAUAUCUGGCGCAGAUCGCGUUGAGCGACAAAUCGUUGAAGGUUCGCGAAUUGGCGAUAAAAAGUUUCGGCAAGUUGCCAAUGAGCGCCUCAGAGGCGCCGAUGAAGCUGAAUCUUGUCUACAAAUGUCUGACGGACCAUGACAGAACAAUUCGCGACGCCGUCAAAAAACACGUGAUCGAUGUGUGGCUGUCGGCAUUGACGACGCAUUAUUUGAUGUUCAAGGAGCAUCUGAAGCAGCAAAUGGAGGGAGACCCCGACGUCAUCGAAGUCACACACACUGGCGAGAAAAUCGAGCUCGAAUCGGGCUAUACGAAGAAACAAUUGGGAUAUAUUCAUGCGGCCAGCUGUUUGAUGAUCUAUUUUGGAAAUUUGUGCGAUAAGGAGGUGUACACCCAAGUGCGUUUGAUCAUGAUGUCGGCAUUCGAGAGCGUCCGUCAAAUGUAUAAUAUCAAACACGAGCCGAUGGAAUGGUUUGGAGGGGCGGUGUUUGCCGAUAUCGCGCCGAACGAUCUGCUAUUCGUGAGAGGAAGUUGCGAGCAGGUCCUUGAGAGGCACAAGUACGACAUUGAGAAGUUGGCGAAUCACGUGUUCUUCUGGAGGCUGACCGUCGAGUUCAUCAUCGAAAACGCGCGCGAUAAGACGGAUCGACAGUUGGGCAUCGAUCGAAUUGUGCCCGAUGUUGUCAAAAUGGUGGUUUUGGUCUAUAAAUGUGUCGACUUAUUUCAAAGUAUGGAAAAAAGUGGAAAUGUUGGCGAUUGGCCAAUGUUCAGAGUUCGUCAAACCGCGAUUAUUCAAUCAUUGCUCAUGAUAAUCAGACAUAAGGAAAAAGAUCCAUGCGGAGAAAAAGCGUGGAUUGAUCUACUCACCGACGUCUACUUCACCAUCAGCAAUCCGAAGACGCUCGUCGACACCGUCACCCAGGAUUUGGCGGUUGUCAAAUAUGGCGAGACGAUGAUCGCCGAAAUCGCGGCCGGCAUUUCGGACAUGAUGAAGCGCGCGAGUUGCGGCGACGAGACGCUUCGCGAUGAGACGGUGUUCAUUGGAAGCGCGACGGCGCCCGAAGUCACGCCCGAGCAGAGAGACUACCUUGUCGAAAUCAUGAAUUAUGAGCUUCCUUUGAUCCAUGCGGCCCUCAAAGCGGACACUGUGCGCGAACUCGACGCGAUCUUGAGAACCAAAUACCAAACGUUGAUCAAACCGCACAUGACAUCGGAAAAUGUCGAAUAUCGAUUGUUCGCCAUCGAAUGUGUCGGAAUCAUCGGAACGUUUGAUUUCGACUUCAUCGAGAAUGAAUUGGUCGAGAUUUGGCGAAGUUUCGAUGAGCAGCCGAUGGAUAUCAAGUGCUCGAUAGUGACGAUUCUCGGCGAUUUGAGCAUCCACUACAACAACGUCGAUAUUGUGAGCGAUCGGAUUCGCAAGCUCCAAACUGAGCGAAUUCAGCAGAAGUCGUCGGUGACGGGAUUUUUAUGCGAUAUUAUAUUGACUAAUAAAGCGGACCUCGAGUUUUCGGAGGUUGUCAUCAAAUCGGUUGAAGUGCUCGCGAAGAUGUUGCUCAAUUUGGAGACGAAUCCCGAUGAUUUGAAAUGGCAGAAGUCGCUUAUUGCGCUCAUGUCGGUAACGAAUUUCGCGGCUGAUGAUAGUUUUAAAGCGGUGAUUCGAAGUCUGGUGACGGCAUUUUUGAAGUUUUUCGCGGCAAAAUGGGAAAAUCAAAUGCUGGUCGCGAAAUCGUUCAAGCAGUUCUUCAUCGAAUGGGACACGAAUCCGACGCUGAUCGACAAAGUCGGCCCGAACGCCGAUAUUUACAAUCGCCUCAAGCGAAAUGCCGAGCUUUUUGCCAUUCUUACUCGUCAUUCGGCAUUGUCGAAAAAGGAGACUCGUUUACCGGUCCAUGUGAAUUUGCUUCGCGACGCAUUGACAGAAGUCUUGUCGAAUCAGGAAUCGGCGGCUUCGAAUUAUUAUUGCGAGAUUUUGCACUGGAUUGAGUUUGACUCGAUUCCGAAGGACGAACUUCGCCGAUUCGUCGAUGAAAUUGACGAAUUGGUCUUGAUAUACGCGGAAGGCGACAGCAAAGGACGAUUGUCGCAUUUGAAGAAGUUCCAGAAGCGAUUGCAUAAAGAGACGGGAACGAAAGAGGUUGAAGAAGAGAUUGAUAUUGUCAAACAGGAAGUCGAGAGUCCCGAAUACGAGUCGGCGGUGCCGCCGUCGGCGAAGCGAAUCGCACGAAAAUUGAUGAAGAACACGCCGGCGAGACGGAAUAUCGCGCAAGACAUCGAUGAGACAAUCGAUGCGCCCUCAAUGAGCAGACCCCAACGACAACCACUCGAGUCGCGAUCGCAUCUUAAACGGACCACUCGCCGUCCGUAA